AUGUAUUCCUUCCAUUCAGAAUACCUCGCGCGGCUGCAGCCGUCUCGGAUGUCAUGUCAGACUGCCGGACCAACCUGGUGGUAUGGCCAGGGCCUCCGCAAUGCGAAUGAGCGGAAAUGGAUCAACGCACAGACACGGCAAUUUUCAACAGCCGGUAGCGAACGCGUGAGCGCUGAGCACUCAGCGGCAGUAGUCAUUAGUCGGCAGUCACAUAGUCAGAACGUCCAGUCAAUCAACAGUGAUUAUGUCCGGGCGCACAACACUCCAAACAUGUGGCAGGGCUUGCGUUAUGCCCGAAGCGCUGAGAGAGCGGGAAAGCAUGCCAGCCAUAGACCACUAGGCUGCCGCGUGGGGUUCACGUGGCGUGGCAUCACACGUGCAUCAACAUGUCACAAAGGUAUUCCUGAUGACAUCACUGAUCACCUCACCCCCUUUACGACUGGCCUCACCGGCACCUGUAAGGACAAGGCCAAAAGAAAGAGGUUUUGGGAACCGUGGCGUUGCUCUAUAGUCCGGUUGACAGGGCAGUGCGCAUUGCGCUAUUCUUCACGCAGCGGCCCACUCUCCAGUGGGCCAGGUACCCGUGCCGAACUACGCUAACUACUAAAUACGCCAGGACACUGGGUCGCCCAAUGCCACAUCGUCACCACACGUCAGUCGCGAUGCUGCCAAACCCCAUAACUUCAGUCCGAAAACUCAAGUCACAACUU